UCGUGAUUUGUGCUCUGUAUGCUUUUUUAUUUUAUUUUUUUUAUUUUUUGCUUUCAUUUAAAAUGAUGCCACUCUCUUUUUAGCGAACCUGUAACUGCUAUUUCACCGAAACAAUUCUCAUUCCGCUUGGUGUUAUCGUUACCUACGUAAUCAUGCGUUAUUGCUAGCGGUCUUUCCUUCCCAUAGGAAAUGUAAAUAGAGAGAAAAUCGUGAGGGGAUUUAGGAGUGAAUUUACAACCACGGCUAAAUAAAUGCUAGCGUACAGCCCGCUUAUUCUCUAUUUUGCCAGCUUGGUUUAUACAUUACGCGGACUGUCAAAUUUAGGCCACUAGUCCCAAAAGACCGUCGUUGGGGGCAGUAGCCCCUCGCAAAAAAGCCAAUCCAAAGCCUGAGCUGACAGAGGAGCAAAGGCAGGAGAUCAGGGAGGCGUUUGAGCUCUUUGACACCGAUGGCUCUGGUUAUAUUGAGGUGAAGGAGUUAAAGGUGGCCAUGAGAGCUUUGGGGUUUGAGCCUAAAAAGGAGGAAAUCAAGAAAAUGAUCGCAGAGGUCGAUAAGGACGCUACUGGAAAGAUCUCUUUCAGUGAUUUCAUGACAGUGAUGACGCAAAAAAUGGCCGAAAAGGACUCCAAGGAAGAAAUUCUCAAGGCGUUUCGACUCUUCGACGACGACGAGACCGGAAAAAUAUCUUUCCGGAACCUAAAGAGAGUGGCCAAGGAACUCGGGGAAAACCUCACCGACGAGGAGCUGCAGGAAAUGAUCGAUGAGGCAGACAGAGACGGCGACGGAGAAGUCAACCAGCAGGAAUUUCUUCGCAUCAUGAAGAAAACGAGUUUGUACUGAAUGUUAUCAGAAGCAGAGGAGUGUGUAAAAUAUUCAUUUCUAUGUCAACAUUUUCAAGGUUUUUUUGUUUUAAUUUGACGAUUUUUCCGUUUUAUGCACAGUACCAUUCCAAAACCUUGAUGCCUGUCGACCCCAUCGGGUCCUCACAGAUCCGCGUGGGUCUGCCAAAUAGCAAACGUCAGUUGUUUACACUAUAUAUUCUUAUCAGUCAAAAUAUAAACGGUAGCAUCUAACACACGUUUGUAGUUAUUGAGUCGGUACGCGCUGAAAUAUUUUGUCACAACAUGGGUAAAUCUCACACAGACUUUCAUGACAGCUCAUUUUCAUGGACCCAAUUAACAUAAAAACACUGCCAUUAGGUUAAAGUAACUAUUACGAUAACGAGAAUGUAUUUAAAAGUUAUAAAGAGAAAGUAAAACCCCUGAUAGCUUUCUUUCGCAGAUUCACUCACAUAGCUGUACUUUAUGUUUCUGCCUUAUAUUACUGGUGAAAUAGUCGAGAGCCCUGUUGAAUGAUUAUUAUAUUGAAGUUUACAAUCGUUCGGUUGACUUUAGCAUCAGUGUGCUUCACUGCGCUUUCAGGGACGUCUGUACUACAGCCCUUCUCUGUGCCUCAGCUUCUUUGAAGGAGAUUUCUGCAGUUUCAGUAAACACAUACUGUGAUCACGUGCUUGUGUUCCCCCCGUUUCCUUUAUGCACCGUCUACCUUCAAAUUUGUUUCAGAUGUUUUGUAUUUAAGUAUACUUCAGAUGCUAUUUAAGUAGUAUUUAACAAAAUAAAUUGUAUCGAGCAGCC